AUGUAUAAUUCUUCGCUUGAUGAUUUUUGCGGAUCUAAAUUUUGGGACAGUAACUUAACUUGGUACACAGAUAACCCAGAAUUGACACCAUGCUUUGAAAAAACUGUUCUUGUUUGGACACCCUGUAUCUAUCUGUGGGUAGCAGCGCUACUUGAAACUUAUUACAUUUUAAGCAGCAAGGAGAGAAACAUACCAUGGAACAUACUAAAUAUCAGUAAAUUAGUUGUAACAUGCGUUCUGAUUAUCCUAAAAUUUGUGGAUUUGGGUGUGACUGUUCACAAAUCUUCAAAAGAAGAGGAAGUGUUCAACGCUGAUUAUUACAACCCUAUCAUAAAGAUUCUAACUUUUGGAUUGUCAGCAACGUUAUUAUAUUAUAACAGAAAGUUUGGAAUGAGAGCAUCAGGUGUUUUAUUCUUUUUCUGGUUACUUUUAAUCCUGGCUGGAUUGCCCCAGCUUAGGUCGGAAAUAGUGGCACAUUACAAAUUGGCAGAAGAUGAAAAUGUCCAAUAUAAUUUUGUCAGUUACAUGAUAUACUACCCUAUGAUUAUUUUGAUGUUUGUGUUGAACUGUUUUGCUGAUCUGCCACCUAAAGAUACGCCCUACAAGUAUGAAAAGAAUCAAUGCCCAGAAAGGGCUUCAGGAUUCCCGAGUCGUCUCACUUUCAGUUGGUUCGAUCCACUCGCCCUAACUGGUUUCCGUCGAAGUUUAACGGAAUCUGACCUAUGGGCACUAAACCCGCCGGACUCAUCUAAAGAAGUCGUUCCCAGAUUUGAUAAAUACUGGGAGAAAACUCUUCAGAAGAGGGAAAUCUCGAAUGGUGCAAAAGCGACUUACAGCAAAACAUCUGCUAGCGUUAAUUUUAAGCCGGAAAAUGAGAAAAAGCCCGCGUCAAUUUUACCUGCACUUUGUCUGACAUUCGGUGGACAGUUUUUCUUCGGUGCCCUUCUCAAACUCUUCAAUGACACUCUAAUGUUCCUGUCGCCUCAGCUGCUUAAGCUUUUAAUAGGAUUUGUCGAGGGUAAAGAGCCGGUGUGGAAGGGCUACGUGUAUGCUGUGGGGUUGUUAGGUUGUGCCACGGUACAGACUAUGUUAUUAGCACAUUAUUUUACGAGAAUGUACUUCGUGGGUAUGAGAAUAAGGACCGCCCUUACUAGCGCCAUCUAUAGAAAGUCGUUACGAAUGUCUAACGCAGCUAGAAAGGAGUCCACUGUCGGAGAAAUUGUAAACUUGAUGUCUGUUGAUGCACAAAGGUUUUUAGAAUUAACGGCGUACUUAAAUAUGAUAUGGUCGGCACCUCUCCAAAUUGCUCUGGCUCUGUACUUCUUAUGGGGCAUUUUGGGCCCCUCAGUACUGGCCGGGUUAGCCGUAAUGAUAGUACUUAUACCGGUUAACGGUUUAAUCGCGAACAGGGUAAAAACUCUCCAAAUAAGACAAAUGAAGUACAAAGACGAAAGAGUCAAAUUGAUGAACGAAGUACUUAAUGGAAUUAAGGUUCUCAAAAUGUAUGCAUGGGAACCGAGUUUUGAGGACCAGAUUCUUAAAAUACGAAACAAAGAAAUGGUGGUUCUGAAGCAGACUGCAUAUUUGAAUUCAGCAACAUCUUUCAUUUGGUCAUGUGCACCAUUCCUGGUGUCGCUGAUGUCAUUCGGGUGCUUUGUUUUGGUAAACGAAACAGAAGUACUGGACUCUAAGAGGGCUUUCGUUGCAUUAUCUCUUUUCAACAUCCUGCGUUUUCCGCUAUCCAUGCUGCCUAACGUUAUCUCGAAUGUUGUGCAAACAUCCGUUGGCAUCAAAAGAUUGAACAAGUUCAUGAAUUGCGAUGAACUUGACGUGAACUCCGUAGAGCAUGAUCCAAAAGAACCUGACCCGCUAGUGAUCGAGAACUGUACCUUCACGUGGGGCGGGGAGCAGCCGGUGUUACGCAACAUAAGCGUGCGCAUCCCGCGCGGCUCGCUCGUCGCCGUCGUGGGCGCCGUCGGCUCCGGCAAGAGCUCGCUGCUCGCUGCAUUUUUAGGCGAGAUGGACAAGAUUUCCGGCCGGAUUAACACGCUCGGUAGCAUAGCGUAUGUGCCGCAGCAGGCAUGGAUACAGAACGCAACGUUGCAAGACAACAUUUUGUUCGGCAAGCCGCUGGACAAGGCCAAGUAUAACAACGUGAUCAACGUGUGCGCGCUCAAGCCGGACUUCGACGUUUUACCUGGCGGAGAUCAGACCGAGAUCGGCGAGAAAGGUAUCAAUUUAUCGGGAGGUCAAAAGCAGCGAGUGGCUCUGGCGAGGGCAGUGUAUUACGACGCUGACAAUUAUUUCCUGGACGAUCCCUUAAGUGCAGUGGACUCGCAUGUGGGCAAGCACAUUUUUGAAAAGGUGAUCGGGCCGAGUGGUCUGCUGAAGCAGAAGACGCGCGUGUGGGUGACGCACAGCGUGACGUACCUGUCGCAGACGGACCUGGUGCUGGUGCUGCGCGACGGCCAGGUGUCGGAGGCGGGCACCUACCAGCAGCUGCUGGAGAAGAAGGGCGCCUUCGCCGAGUUCCUGCUGCACCACCUCAGCGACGCCGAGCGCACCUCGGCGGAAGAACUAGAUGAGAUUAAACAAGACUUGGAGAGUAAGUUGGGCUCCGAGUUCCAGAACAAACUCCAGAGGGCUCGUUCCCUAUCUGAGAGCGCUUCAGAAUCCGACCAACCAGCUGCCGGCGACCGCGCCGGAAGUGUAAAGAGACGUACCCCUGACGAGCCUACGCCCAAUGAACUCAAGGAAAAGAAUAAGUUAAUUGAAGCUGAAAAAACUGAAACAGGCAGUGUGAAAUGGAGCGUGUACAAGCACUACCUGACGAGCGUGGGCGUGCUGGCGUCGGUGAUCACCGUCCUCAUGAAUCUCGUGCUGCAACUCUUUCAAGUGGGCUCCAACUACUGGCUCUCAGAGUGGUCCAACGAUCGCAGCAUUAUUAUGGAAAAUGGUACUUUAGACAAAAGCAAACGGGAUCUUUAUCUUGGGGUCUAUGGUGGCCUCGGUAUUGGGCAAGUGGUGUCGGUGUCGGUGUCGUCGCUGGCGCUGUACCUGGGCACGCUGGCGGCGGCGCGCGCGCUGCACGCGGGGCUGCUGGCCGGCGUGCUGCGCGCGCCCUCCAUCGGCUUCUUCGACUGCACGCCCGUCGGCCGCGUGCUCAACCGCUUCAGCAAGGACGUCGACGUGCUCGACAACGUGCUGCCCAUGACGCUCCGCGGCUGGACCUCCUGCUUCUUCGCGGUUCUCGGAACGUUAUUCGUAAUAAGUUUGUCGACGCCGAUCUUCAUGAGCGUGAUAUUGCCGAUCGGCAUCGUGUACUACUUGAUCCAGCGGUUCUACGUGGCCACGUCGCGACAGCUGAAGCGGCUCGAGUCCGUGUCACGCUCGCCCAUCUACUCGCACUUCGGGGAGAGCAUCACUGGGGCCAGCACCAUACGAGCCUACGGUGUCACUCAGAGGUUCGUGGAGGAGUCUGAGCGCGGCGUGGACCACAACCAGGCGUGCUACUACCCGAGCUGCAUCGCGAACCGCUGGCUGGCGGUGCGGCUGGAGAUGAUCGGCAACCUCAUUAUAUUCUUCUCUGCGCUGUUCGCCGUGCUGGCGCGCGACACCAUCAAACCCGGCCUCGUCGGUCUUUCCGUCAGCUACGCCUUGCAGAUUACGCAAACACUCAAUUGGCUCGUACGGAUGACGUCAGAAGUAGAAACGAACAUUGUAGCUGUGGAAAGAAUAAAAGAGUAUGCUGAAACGAAGCAGGAGGCGGCGUGGACGCUGCCGAACGGUCCGGGCGCCACGUGGCCGGAGACGGGCGCGCUGCAGCUGGAGCGGCUGACGCUGGGCUACCGCGCGGGCGAGCCGGCCCUGCGCGACGUCACGUGCGCCGUGGCGCCGCGCGACAAGCUCGCCAUCGUGGGCCGCACCGGCGCCGGCAAGUCCACGCUCACGCUCGGCCUGUUCAGGAUAGUAGAGGCGAUGAGCGGCAAAAUCCUGAUCGACGGCAUCGACAUUUCCACGAUCGGAUUGCACCAGCUGCGCUCGCGCAUCACCAUCAUCCCGCAGGACCCCGUGCUGUUCUCGGGCACGCUGCGUAUGAACCUGGACCCCUUCGGCGUCUACUCCGACGACGAGAUCUGGCGCUCUUUAGAGCAUGCACAUCUUAAGACUUUCGUCGAAGGGCUGGCGGCGGGGCUGCGGCACGAGGUGGCGGAGGGCGGCGAGAACCUGUCGGUGGGGCAGCGCCAGCUCGUGUGCCUGGCGCGCGCGCUGCUGCGCAAGACGCCGCUGCUGGUGCUGGACGAGGCCACCGCCGCCGUCGACCUCGAGACCGACGAGCUCAUACAGAAAACAAUUCGUUCAGAAUUUGCGUCAUGCACUGUCCUUACCAUCGCUCAUCGCCUCAACACGAUCAUGGAUUCUACACGCGUUAUGGUUCUCGACAAAGGACAGCUAGUGGAGUAUGCGCCCCCGGAGCAAUUGCUCCAGGAUAAGAAUUCCAUCUUCUAUAGCAUGGCUAAAGAUGCUGGACUCGUCAAUUAA